ACUGCCUUCCUCACGCAACCGACCACUGACGAUCAUGCAGCCCAUGUUAUUGCUUGGGUUGCCCUUUCUACUUUUUUUCCCAUGCAUCACAUCCGCGCAGAAUUCUGUCACAGUAGCCUUAAAUAACUCUCAAAUCGUGAACAAUGUCCUUCCAUCCGGCGGCAUUCAGCACUACUUUUUUGAUUCAAACUCUCAGGUUCAACAACCUACUGUUGCUAUACCAUUCAUAACUACAGCUGCCACUCCACAUGCAUCAACCUCAAUAGCGUCCUCAGCUUCAGUUUUACCUACAGCCUCAGUAGCUUUGCAUGCUCGACGUUUGUUGCCUCGUGCUGGCAGCAUUGCCGCCAUCUAUCUUACCGUCACUGUUUGCUCGCAGCCACAGCCACCUUCCAGCUAUGAAGGAUUUGUCCCUCCUUUGCAGGUGUUUGUGUCCACUACUUCUACCAACUCUCUGCCAGGACCCAAUGUACCAGAAACGUCUCCCCUCAAUACCACUUAUUCUGGAUUUACAUCCUGGAAUUCAACUUUAUCUCCAACCACUCAACUGUGGGUUGGUGUUUCCGCUCCCGCUCUUGCCAAUGGAUGGACUGGCAAUUGGACCUACCAAAUUGGCACUUCAACCAUUGCCCCUAUGCACGAACUCUUGAUUCCGAGCUCGGACGAUUCGAUAGCUUAUAUGACAUUGGACGAUUCGGAUAAUAAUAAUGCGCUUUUCCUCACCAGCUCUUAUCAAGGGAGCCAGGCACCUAAUUUCACUGUCUUAAUCACCACCAACCCACCACAAGAGCUGGCUUAUUCCAUUUGUGCCGCGCAGAAAUUUGUGCAAUCUCAUCCUGUCAACUAUACCAUGACCGCACGAGGUCCUUUCAACGCUACCCGACAGCAAGCUUAUGUGUCUGGACUAUCGCCAGCUACCCGAUACACGGCUUACUUAAUGCAACCUCGUUCAAAUAAUCUUCCCGCUGCAUACGGUCCGCCUAUUUCAUUCAGUACUAAAUCAGAGCUCAACUGUAGAUUGAUCUAUGGUCUCUCUUUCUGCGAUCAAGUAGCCUACAGCGUAGCUACUAAUCCUAACGACCCCGGAGCGGAUAUUUGGAACUUAACCCAGAGUUAUGAUCAAAAUGCGGUUCAGGUGUUUCAACCCUUCGCCACUGCACUAUCACAGUUCAACUGCGACACGACGCAAUAUUCUCUUGUUCGCAAUUGUACUGACUGCUACAAUGAUUAUAAAAAUUGGAUGUGCUCGGUUUUGAUUCCUCGCUGUACCACGCCUAGCCCUUUCAACCAAGAAAAUGACAUGAACGACGGCCCAUCUCAGGCUCUUCAUGAAGUGCCUUUCAACCAGUCUCGCAACCCGUGGAUAGAUUCCACCUACUCACCGAACCAAUGGACUGAAUUACUCCCUUGCGUUGAUUUGUGCUAUCGAGUGGUUCAGAGUUGUCCUCCGUUCAUGCAGUUCAAUUGCCCAUCGGGAGACAUUGCCACGUCGCAAUAUGGAUACUGGCAAACAGGAACGGCGUCUCAAAAUGGCACCAACGUAGUAUUCGAUAUCAAUAACCCAACUUGCAAUAGAAUGGGUCUGAAUACCUCAUUGUUGGUGCUCAGUGGCGCUUUGCCGUCAUUAUCCAUUCCAUCUUCAUUCUAUGCUUUCACUGUGCUUGCCACCAUUUGCUUGUUUAUUUAAACUUCAUCAUACCCAACCCUUUGUUUCUUCUCACUCAAUUGUAUAUUAUCGCAAUCUGUCCCUUUGGAGACCUCCGUCCACUUUUUUAUAAUUUGAUCAUCAAUUAA